AUGAUUCUUCCAUCAAACCACCUGCGGGACAUAGGUUCUGCCCCUCCGAUGUUGAACUUGCUUGUUACUACCUCUACAGGAAGGUUAUGGGAAUUCCAUUUCCUAACAUGGUCAAAGAUUGCAAUCUUUAUGGUGAUCGCGAACCUUGGGAGAUCUAGAAGGCUUUUGGAGGGUCCAACUUGUCUAAUAAGGAGGAUCUUUUCUUUUUUACUCGACUCAAAAACAGAAGUGCUAAAGAUUCAAGGAGCAAACGCCGUGCUGGACGUAAUGGGGGUACAUGGAAAGGUGAGAAGAAGGGAAGCACAUUCACUUCUGAUAAGAUGGACAAGGAAGAGAUUAGGCAAUCAGAAUCCCAACUCAAAGAAGAAUGAUGGUUGCAGCUCGAUUAUGCAUGAAUACAGUCUGGAUGAAUCUUUGCUGCCGAACCCGAGCAACUAUGUCCUGUCGAGCAACACCAUCAUCCAAGCAUUUGAAGUUGGAUCUAGCGCAGCCUCAUCAGCUGAUAUGCAACUGUAA